UAAAUGAUUUGAGCAAUCUGACUGAAUCUAGCAAGUCGCAUUGUUUUGUUCACAUAUCUAAGGGGUGUUAAAAAAACUAGCAGAAUGAGCAAACCAAAAGUACUCAUUACGCGUUCUGACUUUCCUGAAACUGGGAUUAAAAAAUUACAGGAAAAGUACGAUGUUGAAGUGUAUCCACAUUCUCGAAUUAUUCCUCGAGACUGCUUAUUACAACAUAUCAAAGGAGCAAGCGGCUUGUUCUGCAUAUCGACUGAUAAAAUAGAUAAGGAAGUUUUAGAUGCUGCAGGACCUCAGUUGAAAGUAGUAGCAACAAUGUCUUUGGGUUUCGAUCAUAUAGAUGUAAAAGAAUGCAAGAAGAGAAACAUCAUAGUAUGUAACGGUCCAAAUCCAAUCUCUGUGUCUUGUGUGGCAGAAUUUACAAUUGGAUUGUUGCUCUCCGUUUCAAGAAGAAUAGUGGAAGCAUCAGGAGCUAUCAAACGAGGAGAAUGGACAGAAGUAUGGACACCAAGCUGGUAUGUUGGAAGAGGUUUGACUAAUGCCAUAGUUGGCAUUGUUGGAAUGGGAAGAAUAGGAAAAGCCAUAUUAGAAAGAAUAUUACCAUUUGGUGUGGCAAAAGUGUAUUAUUACGACAUUUAUCAUCCAAUACCAGAAGCUGAAGAUAUGGGAGCAAGGUUUGCUUCAUUCGAAGAAUUAUUGGAAAACUCAGAUUAUGUUAUCGCAUGUUGCAACUUGACAGAAGGAAACAAAGGUCUUUUCAAUUCUAGAGCUUUCCGUAUGAUGAAAUCAAGUGCUGUGUUCAUCAACACGAGUAGAGGUGGUGUUGUAGACCAGGAAGCAUUGGUCGAGGCUUUGGAGAACAAGAAAAUUAAAGCUGCUGGAAUUGAUGUUAUGUAUCCUGAGCCAUUGCCUGAAGAUCAUAAACUAGCUUCUUUACCGAAUAUUGUUGUCACUCCCCAUAUUGCAGCUGCUGAAGAAACAGCAAUGCAGAGACUGAGUGCUUUGACUGCUGAAAACAUCAUAGAAGUUUUGGAAGAUCGUCCACCUAUUACUCCAGUAUUUUAAAAUCAUGAUAUUUUACACUUCUAAAAAAUGCUGGUUUGGAAAGCGUGUAAGACUGACUAUUAAAUUGUGCUAUUCAUUUAUGACUGUUUCCACAUUCUUUGAAAUUAAAUCUGUUUGAACAAAUUUUUAA